CAAAUUUAAUGAUGAUUCUACUUCACUAUUAGAGAUAUCUUACAAAUCAUAUGGUCGGUAUUUGAGCCUCCAAUCAAUGGACGGAAUGUAGGGUGCACCCAUGUGCGUCCAGUCUCAUCGUACUUACUCGCACGUGAAAAUCACCACUCUUACUCGCAUGUGAAAAUCACCACUCAUUCUCUCUCUCACUUUUUCUCUUUCUCUCUCUUUCCACUUACCUUCCACUUCAACCAGACAAACAAACAUGUAAACAUGCCCACCACAACAAUUAUUCGGAUCACAAGAUCAUAUCUAAACGUCUUCUGAUCCAGAAACAAGCUGAGCUCUGACCUCUCUAAUGGCGAAAAAACAAAAAUAUUUCUUGGUCUUCUUCGUUAUUAUCUCAACAAACCCAGUUCUGUCUCAGUUGGAUGAGUUUGUUUAUCAAGGGUUUAAGACACUUGCCAAGAACAACCUAACCCUAACCGAUGCUGCAGAAAUUGAGAAGAAUGGCGUCCUCAAGCUGACCAACGACUCUAAAGGGUUGAUCGGUCACGCGUUCUACCCAACUCCUAUCAAGUUCAAGAACUCCACAACCAGAGGAACUGUUUUCUCUUUCUCUACCGCCUUUGCUUUCGCUAUCAUUCCAAAAUUCACAGGCACUGGUGGCCAUGGUUUGGCUUUUACCAUCUCACCCACAAAUGAUUUUCACGGAGCACUUUCGGGUCGGUACUUGGGUCUUUUCAAUGAGACCAACAAUGGCAAGUUCUCUAACCAUUUGUUUGCUGUCGAAUUCGACACCGUACAAGACAGUGACUACAAAGACAUCAGUGACAAUCAUGUUGGUAUCGACAUCAAUGGCUUAACAUCGAAUGCGUCUGUUAAUGUUAGCUGCUUUGUCCAAGGCAAUUCUGCCCCAAAAGAAUUAAAUCUCAAGAGUGGGAAAACAAUUCAGGCUUGGAUCGACUACGACUCCACCAGAAAAGAAGUGAAUGUCACGCUUUCACUCUCUUCAACAAAACCCAAAUCUCCAAUUUUGUCAUAUCCGAUCAAUCUCACUCGGAUUUUCGAAGACUACGACUACGACGCCAUGUACGUGGGCUUCUCUGCUUCUACAGGGCAGCUUGCAAGCUAUCAUUACAUACAAGGGUGGAGCUUCAAGAUCAAUGGACAAGCUCAGUCUCUCAAUUUAUCUUCACUUCCUUCUAUUUGGGACAAGAACAACAACAAGGCCUUCAUCACUGGGGUUUCUGUAUCUACUGCUGCUGUCAUUGUAUGUGCAAUUGGAAUCGCGUUUUAUCUCAUCAUAAAGAUCAAGAACGCGGACAUAGUUGAAGAUUGGGAGGUCAAUAUCGGCCCACAUCGAUUCUCCUACAGAGAGCUCAAGAAAGCGACGAGUGGGUUCAGAGACAGAUCGCUACUUGGGUUUGGGGGAUUUGGCCGAGUUUAUCAAGGGACACUGCCAGAUUCAAAAAUCCAAGUCGCGGUUAAGAGGAUAUCGCACGAAUCGAAACAGGGAUUGCGUGAAUUCUCGUCGGAGAUUGCUAGUAUUGGGCGGCUUCGACACCGGAACUUGGUCCAGUUGCUGGGAUGGUGCCGAAGGGGAGGCGAUCUGUUGCUUGUCUAUGAUUUCAUGCCCAAUGGAAGCUUAGAUAAGUACCUUUUUGAUGAACCCAAAACGAUUUUGAGUUGGGAGCAGAGGUUGAAGAUCAUAAAAGGGGUAGCCUCUGGGUUGCUAUACUUGCACGAAGGAUGGGAAGAGACAGUGAUUCACAGAGACAUUAAAGCAGGGAAUGUACUGCUAGAUUCAGAAUUGAAUGCCAGGGUCGGAGAUUUUGGGCUAGCGAAGCUGUGCAAGCACGGGUCGAACCCAAGCACAACCAAAGUGGUGGGGACACUGGGGUACCUUGCGCCGGAGCUGACGAGGACGGGUAAGCCUACGACGAGCUCCGAUGUGUUCGCGUUCGGAGCUUUGUUGCUAGAAGUUGUGUGUGGAAGGAGACCAAUUGAGGUUAAGGCUUUGCCAGAGGAGCUUGUUUUGGUGGAUUGGGUUUGGGAUAGGUGGAAGGAGGGGGAUCUUCUUGAGGUUGUUGACUCCAGAUUGGGAGGUGAGUAUGAUGAGAGUGAGGUGGUGGUGGUGCUCAAGCUUGGGUUGAUGUGUUCAAACAAUUUGCCGGCGAAGAGACCCACUAUGAGGCAGGUGGUGAGGUAUCUAGAAGGGGAGGUGUCGCUGCCGGAGGUGCUGACACCGCCCGAUGAAUAUGAUGGGAAGAAGGGCGGCGGUGGCACUAGUAGCAAUGGUGGUGGUGGUGGUGGUGGUGUUGAGAUUGAGGAUUUCGUGCAUUCAUACCCUUCGUCGCCCUACUUUGAGAAGACGAGCUUGUGUUCAUCGGAUGGUAAUGGUCAUGACCAUGGUGAUGUUGAUGUUGAUAUUGAAGCUGGCCCUCCUUCUCCUCUGUCUUUCGCCGCUGGAAGGGACGGCAGAUAGCCAUUGCAGAGAGACAGAAUUUAAGGCUUUGUUUGACCAUCAUUUUAUUUUCCCAAUUGUGUCGCGGAACAAACGUGUGGGUCAUGUUACGUUAAUUGUAUAAUGUUCUGUAUAUAUAUUUUUUAUAUAUAUAAAAUAAUUAUAUCA